AUGCCUCUGCUGUCAUGGUGCCCCAGGUCGGGAAUCAGCCGCCAGCUUCCGAGGCCCCGACACCUGCGGUCAGCGCCCAGCAAGUCACCGUGCCCGUGCCCGUUGCGGCCAAUGCGCCCCCGGAUGCCGAUCUGCACCCAGCCCAACAUCCGGCCCAACACCCAGCCCCGCAUCCAUCGCCACAUCCAGACCAGCACCCCGGCCAUCCGGGGCACGACCACCCGGGGCACGACCACCCAGCCCAGCACCCAGCUCAACACCCAGUUCAGCACCAUGACCAUCCAGCCCAGCACCCUGGUCCCCAACACAUGCCUCAACACCCGGCUCAGCACCCGGCUCAGCACCCGGCUCAGCAUCCAGCCCCGCAUCCAGCCCCGCAUCCAGCCCACCACCCCCACCAUCAUCCACAGCCGCCGCACCAGCUUCAUCCCCACCCCGCUCACCAGCUCCAUCAUCCCGCUCACCACCACCCGCACCUU